CUUAAACCUCGACAUUUGAGAAUUUUAGGAUAGACAUGGCCGUAGACUCAAUUCAUCUCUAUGUCUUACGACGUCACAUUAAACUCAAGCCCCCCCUUCCCGAGUCUCUGCCUAUUAUAGGGCUUCUAUCACGAUGGGCUUCUUCUUCCGCCGAAGCUCUAUACUAGGUCUACUCUUACUGUUCCUGAUAUGCCUUCCCUCCAAUGCAACAAGUCUUCCGCAAGCCACUCCCUCCCAACGCCAUAACGGACAUUCAUAUAUGAACCGUCUACUCAACUUUCCAUUUACCUGGACUUCGAAAAAGUCUAGAAAAAAUCUAAAUCAAUGGCUCGAUACCCACCCGAAGCUCCUACGAAAUUUGCAACGAUAUGAAAACGAAGUUGUAAUACGGUUCAAUGUUUCAACAAGCGCACACGAGGCGGCCUUGAGAAAGGCCAUUGACCAGAUGCUGAUCGAUGUUUGGGAUUUCACAGAUAAUUAUACUGAUAUACGCAUUGAAGCCCGUCGCAUCCGCCCGUUGAUGGGUAUCCUCCCGCCCUCUCUACACGAUAAUCACUUCGUCCUGAUUCCUGACCUGGCUCGUGCUGUCGCUGCCACAUAUCCGUCAGAUGCGCCCUCUCACUCCAUCGUCCAAUCCUCCUCCAAUGAUUGGGGCAUCACACCCACAAACGACAUCCCUGCGCCUAAGAAGCGAGGGGUCGAUGAUAUCUUCUUUCACGAUUAUCAGCCUCUCUCAGUUAUUAACACCUGGAUGAAGCUAUUAGACUCUAUGUUUAGGGGCCGUGGUCUCGUUCGCAUGGUUAUCAUUGGAAAGUCAUAUGAAGGACGCGAUAUACCGGCAUUAAGGGUAGGUAUACCUACCAGUAGCGCGAUGCCGGCUGGCUCGAAAAGCCCCAAAGACACUAUCCUCAUUACCGGUGGUAUGCAUGGACGGGAAUGGAUCUCCCCGGCCACGGUGAAUUAUGUCGCUUGGUCCUUCAUCAGGUCUAUUGACGAGGACCCGAUGAUAGUCAAAAUUCUGGAACAUUUUGACAUCGUCUUCGUUCCUGUCCUAAACCCCGAUGGAUAUGAGUAUACAUGGGACGUCGACCGUCUGUGGCGUAAGUCUAGACAGCGCACUAAGAUGCAAUAUUGCCCUGGGUUUGACCUAGACCACGCCUUCGGGUAUAGAUGGGAUGCUACGCAACACCAGACAGAGCCGUGCUCUGAAAGUUUUGGUGGCUAUCAACCAUUUGAAGCCGUCGAAGCAGCUCAGCUAGCAGAUUGGGCCAAGAACGAGACAGAUAAGGGUGUGAAAUUUGUGGCUUAUCUUGACCUCCAUUCAUACUCACAGCAAGUCCUAUAUCCCUAUGCCUAUUCUUGUGCCGUUCGCCCGCCAAACCUUGAAAAUCUACAGGAGGUAGCCAUGAAUCUAGCAAAGCAUAUGAGACUCUCCAACGGGGAAGUCUACACUACUACUUCUGCUUGUGAGGGGGCUGUGGCAAGUGCAGAUAACGUAGCAAAUGCAGAAAGAAUGCGGGUUGAGGCCGGCGGAGGUUCCGCCAUUGACUAUAUUUUUCAUGAAUUGGGAGCUCGUUACAGCUAUCAGAUCAAAUUACGAGAUACUGGGAGCUACGGUUUCUUGCUUCCAAGCGAAUAUAUCAUCCCCACUGGCGAAGAGUUAUAUCAAGCAAUGAAGUAUCUGGGGGACUACCUUCUUGGCAAUAACGGACACGAGUCUUGGGAUGAUUCUAGAUCUGGGGAGAAUCCAUCUAAAAAAAAUACUCCAGCGGCCGAGGAGAACGAGGAUAUUACAGAGCUUCGAAGGAGACGUCGGAGGCGAUGUAUUGGAUGUACGUAGGAAGUAAACUUCAUCGAAGCCAAGAAUAUAAUUUGCACAUAUUUUAACGGG